AUGAAGAUGAAUGUGUGUCUGGGGAAGAUGGCAGGUUCAACAUUUAAAAGGAUAUAUGAAAUGCUUAGAAAUAGAGCUGUAUUUAACCGGCUGCUGGCGCGGCGGCCGCCACAGAGGCCCUUCUUCGAGGCGCUCGUGCGCAGCCUCAUCAUCCUGUGCGUGGCCGUGGCCGUGGUGCUCUCCUCCAUCUCCGUGUGCGACGGCCGCUGGCUCUUCGCGCGGCGAGAGCUCUUCGGCCUCUGGCACUUCUGCAGCGUCGGCAACGGCAGCGCCCUGAGGUGCGUCACCGACCUGCGCCUGGCCGGCGUGGAAGGCAUCAACGUGGGCAUGAUCCUCAUCAGGAGCCUCGUGGCCUUUGCCGUUGUGGUGGCCAUUUUCGGCCUGGAGCUCCUGAUGGUCUCGCAGGUGUGCGAAGACGCCAACUCGAGGCGCAAGUGGUCGCUGGGCUCCAUUCUCAUCCUCAUCUCCUUCCUGCUGUCGUCCGCCGGAGUCCUGAGCUUCUCCGUCCUCCUGAGGGACCACAUCACCUUCACAGGCUUCUCGCUGACCUACUGGUGCGAGUUCAUCGCCGCCUUCCUCUUCUUCCUCAACGGGAUCAGCGGCCUCCACAUCAACAGCCUCACGUCCCCGUGGAGCCGGCUGGGGAAAAUCUAGGUGCCGAGGGCUGUGCUGGCCAGACUGGGAGAGCAGGGAGCCRCACGUAGUUUGGGACAGACACUGCGUCUUGGCUUGCGGAUGGACCCGCCGUAGAGGACUGCUCGGCACGAUGGGACCUCAGACCAGCUGCUGYGGAAAGGCAGCUUUCCAGAGCGAUGGGUUAAGAGGGUUUCGCCGCUGCAAAGACCAACAGGAGGGUGAGGGGGAGCCCUGCGCUUCCCGAGCGGCAGCCCAUGGGAACAGCUCCAGAGCUGAGCAUCUCGGCAGUCGCUGCAGUUUUUGAAUCCCUGUUUGUGCCUGCUGUAAAGCAGGAGGCGACGCAGAGCCUGGCUGCUGCGGAGCCGCCUCCCUGCCAGCACAGCAGCCCGUGGGAGCGUCCUCAGGGCGCCCAAGCUCCUCUCAUCUMGUGCCUGUCCUCUACCUGCUGGUGAAACUUCUUGUGGUUUUAGUUUUAAGAAAAAUAUUCGUACAGGUCUCAUCUCUGUGGUUCUCGUAGCUGGUAGCAAGGUGUUUGUUUAAUGUGCAGCAUUUUGAUGCUGCUGUUUUUACUGGGCACGAAAGCGCCGCAGCAGCAAGGCUGAGGAAUCACCGGUCCUGCAGAGCCCCUGGGCUCGCUCCCGGCUUGAGGACAGUCUCCUUUCCAUAGCUUUUCUGUUCCAGCACUCUUAAGCGUCUUCUGAGAUCCAGUUUCAGGCCAGGUCUAGACAUGAGGCUUACUAAGGUCAGAGCCGCUCAGGCUGUUGCACAUGCGUUGAUGUCUCCAGCUCCCUUGGGAUAUUUGAGGCUCUGUUGGAACUUUCUGAACUUCUCUCAAGGAUGACACGUACUGGGAUGGUGCCCUUAACCUGCUCUGUGAUCCAAUCCCUUUUUAAAGGUGCUUUUGAUCUGGGUUGCACUGUUCAAAGCGUGACGGGGGGCUGGCCUUGCA